AUGCUUCCAAAACCGCCUGCAACGCACAAUGUUCGUCUUGUGCUCGUCACCAAGCUACACGAAGCGAUGACACGCCUAAACAAUAGGGUGGCCAAAGAGUUACCUUCUCAGAUAUGCUUUACCUUGACUAAGCAGGAGCUCAUCAUCAUGGCCUUAGAUGAGGAGGAAACCAUGGCCAGGGAAAGCCCCGCCGUCUACAAAAAUGUCAUUAAACUCCGCAUUGUUAAAUUCACCAAGAUGCUUCUGGAAGACUGGAUCCAAGAGGUCAUGAAACAUCUAAACACGAGAUAUUACAAUUCGGAGCUCGGUCAGCAACAGAAGCUCGAGGACACACCACCCCCUAUCAACGCGGACCUAAAUCUGACAGUGAAGGAUGAGAUUGCAUUAGCCAACGAACUCGUCACCCCUUUGAAGGGCCUGGAAGAACAUGGGUAUGUCACAACACUGCCCAAGGAGAAAGAUGUUGAAUCGGCCAGAAAAGGUAUCGAUGUAUCCAAAGGAUGGGAGGUAUGCGAUCGGUGCAGCACACGUUUCCAAGUCUUUCCAGGUCGCCAUGUGGACGGAACGUUGGCUAGCGGCGGUGAGUGCAAAUAUCACCCUAUUCGGCCAUCAUACCCUCGGCGCAAGAGAACAGACCAAAUCACUGGUUCCUCGGACGUCUAUUACCCUUGCUGUGGUGAAGCAGUAGGGGCUUCGCGGGGUUGCACUACGGCUAAAACGCAUGUCUACAAAUUUUCGGACAGGAACCGCUUGGCAGCGGUCCUCCAGUUUAAAGAGACGCCGCUGCAACCAGAUGACAAAAAGCAUGAUCCUGUGUCUUUUGAUUGUGAAAUGGGAUACACUACAUUGGGUAUGGAGCUCGUUCGUCUGACCGCGGUCAGCUGGCCCGAAGGCCGUGAGCUUGUGGAUAUCCUAGUCAAGCCCAUGGGCGAGUUGCUUGACCUUAACUCACGAUACUCCGGAGUGUUCCCGGAACACUAUGCGUCUGCUACGCUUUAUGGUACCGCCGUGAAGGGCAAGGGCCCAUUGCAGGAGACAGGAGGUGAGACCAAAGCUCUUCAGUAUGUUGAGUCGCCCGCUGCGGCACGCGAGGUUCUUUUCAGUUUCCUUCAGCCUGAUACUCCUCUGAUCGGCCAUGCAAUCGAUAACGACCUCAACGCCUGCCGAAUCAUCCAUCCUACCGUCAUCGAUACGGUUAUUCUGUAUCCGCAUCCCCGCCGUCUGCCUAUGAGAAUGAGUCUCAAGGCACUAGCCAAGACCUACCUCAAGCGGGACAUCCAAACCGGAGGAGACCAAGGCCAUGAUUCUAAAGAAGAUGCCAUAGCAACGGGUGACUUGGUUCGCAUCAAAGCGGGCCAAAAGUGGAAGAAGUUGAAGUAUCAAGGGUGGAAACUCCAGGAUGGCAAGCUGAUUGCACCGCCUAAAUCGUAA